GUAAAUGUAAUGAGGUCGGAGAUACCCAGAAGAGCUGCAGUUCGGCCCCAUGUCAUGUGCUGCCGAAGUGCGGCUUUUGCAACAGUAAGGUACAAGCAUUUGCGUGCAUUUGAGCAUGUAACCGGGCGUCGAAAUAGCCAUGUUUUCGCUGCCAAUAGCCAAAAAGCUUCACAAACAAUGCAAUGAAGGCAAGGCACCAUUACCAUUACCAUUUUAGUGAAAAAGGUUUGGAUUUGAUACAUACAGAGGAAAACUAAAGAAGAAAUCAACCAAUCUGUUUAUGGCAACAAACAAAUACAAAAACCACAAUCUCCCUUUGCCCCCCUCUUUAUAUUCCACCUUCGCCCUUUAAUGCUCUCUCUCUCUCUCUCUCCUCUUUAUGGGGUUUGCCAAUUGGGAGAUUAUGUGAGGGAAAGGGAAGGGUAAUGCCGUGUUUGAGUAGAAAUCCAUGCAUCUAUCGAAGCAUAUUCUCUCGCUCUGUUGAAGCGGCGGAGAUUAUAGGAUUCUGAGUCAAUUGGGGAGAAACCCGUAACCGCAAGGGAGAAGAGCCAAAGACCCGGAAAUCACUCGACGAUGGAAGAGUCAUUUGAAGUUCAUUCUGAAGAUAAUAGACCUCCAGAGAAAAACAAGAAAAGAAGGCUCAAAACACCAUCUCAGGUCAAGGCUUUAGAGCAAUUUUACAGCGAACACAGAUAUCCCUCAGAGAAAAAGAAAUCACAACUGGCAGAGUCCUUAGGAUUGACAGAAAAGCAAGUUUCUGGGUGGUUUUGCCAUCGAAGGUUGAAGGACAAGAAAUCAUUAUAUGGUGAAGCAUUUGCAAGUGGAAGACAUGAUCAUUCAAGUGGUAUUAUACAGGAUCAUGGCAGUGGGCAUAGACAAGAUUCUUGUGGCAGCACCAAACAAGGGGAUAACAGGCAUUGUGAUCCUAGGGAGGUAGAAAGUAGAAGGUUUAGUGGCCAAGAUAAUUCACCUACUGACCUUGCAUAUGACCAUGGGCAUCGUCAAGAUGGAAAUUUUAGUGAUGCAGAUGGUACAUCUUCAGAAAGGAGCUUGCCUUUACAACAUAGGCCUCAUCAUCAAAAUGAGGCUCAUCUUGAUAUGGCUACUUCAGCUUACCUAAAAUCUAAUGAAAAUAUUGUGCCAAUUAAUUUGAUGGGCACAAGAACCAGAACUGGGCCCUCAGGAUAUCUAAAAGUGAAGGGUCAGGUUGAACAUCCGGCUAUUAUUGCUGUUAAGAGGCAGCUGGGGAGUCAUUAUCUGGAGGAUGGUCCACCACUUGGUGUUGAAUUUGACCCGCUUCCACCUGAUGCAUUUGAGUCUUCAAUUACUGAUCCAGACAAUGAACCUUACCACCUUGGUGAUCAAGAUCUACAACAUUCACCAGAUGCUCCCAGAACCCAUAUCAAGCCUAAGUCUGGUGUGAGGUGUGAAGGACACAAUUCCAAGAUGAUCUCACAUGACUCGGAUUUUCAUGUGACUAGCUUUAGGGUUAUGCCUGGGUCUGAUUAUCGUGAAAAUUGUUUCACCCACCAAUCUAGCCCAAAGCCUCUUUUACAGAACCAUAGUAAUUAUCCUCCUGGAUGGAAUUUACCAAUAGGAAUUGAUGAAGGUUUUCCUCGGGAAAGGUCAGUUUAUGAUGGCAGCAGGCCUGGUAGGAUGAGGGCUAAACAUGAUGUUCAAGGAAGGACUUUGGAUUCUGUUUCUAGCCACCAUCUGCGUCCCUAUAGCCAGAAAGUUACUGGUGGACAAAGAGAGCCUUUAUGGUUCAAAUCUGAAGAUGCAAGUCCAGGGGAAUCUAAAUAUCCAGAUAUAACAUACAAGCGGAGCAAUUCUCUUAAGAUGGAGGAUGGAAGGCUUUCUAAAAGGAUGACCAAGGUUGCUAAGAGGGAGCAGGAUGGGUUUCCAAAGAAACAGUUUGCAGGGAAAGCAUCGAUGGCGGAGACAGCACCAUGGACAAAUCACAAGAAAAGAUCUGCAGCGGAGAUGCCGUCGAGUUUCAGCGAGGAUGAAACCGCAGAGACUUGUUCAUCAGAUGACUGAGAAAGCAGCCAGCAAGGGAGACAAAAAUGAAGAACCCUAUUUGGUUGUACAGUUUGUGGAAAAAUUGUGUUUUGCAAUUAAAAUGCAGGAGUGGAGGGGGAAGCUCUUUUGGUGGGAGGAUUGUGAGUAGCAAGCAACACACAGAUUGAUGUUUCUGUAAAUUGCUGCAACCAAUUUGUUUACUCUUGACUAGUCCCCUUACCCUUCAGCGCUUACCUGUC